GUAUGUUUUACUAACCGAACGUUAGAAAAAGAAUUGUAAACACAUGGGGAUUUUCUGAUUUAAGUGAUAUUCCGGUUUAUUCAUCUAUAACCUCACAAAAUGCCCAAAAAUGCAUCUAAAAAGGUUCAGAAAAGAGAGGAAAACAAGAGGGAAGUGAAGGAAUUAAUUGAUGAUAUUGAAGAAGAUGUAGAUUUUGAUCUAGAAUCUGGUUCAGAUAAUGAUGAUUCCACUUCAGAAUCAGAAGAUGAAAAUGCUGAGGCUAUGUCAUCUAAGCUGGAUAGAGAUUGGUUUCGUACUUUGGCUGCAUUAAAAACAAAUGAUCCAAGAAUUCAUGAUAAGAAUGCCAAGUUCUAUGAAUCCAGUUCCUCAGAAGAAGAAGAAGAUAUUGAUGACAGAAAAAAAGUUAAAAAAUCUAAAAAAGAUAAACCAUAUUUGUUGAAAGAUUAUCAGCAUGAAGUUUUAAUGAAAAAGGGAGGAAUUAUAGAUGAAGAGGAAGAAACACCAUCAACAUCUUUUCUUUACAACACACAAGCUGAAUCUGAGAUUAAAAACAGUUUAAAGUCUGCUUUUAUUACCUCCGAUGAUGAAGAGUCUUCUGGUGAUGACUUCCUGAAGAAACGUGUCAAAACAGAAGAUCAGGAGCAAGAAGAAGACGUUGAAUAUAUUAAUUGGUUAAAAGGCCAGAAACACUCAUUAGACAAUGAUAAACAUGUUAAAAAAGAUUUGAAACCAUUGAAAAAACUAUGGAAUCAACCAGAUUUAGAUGAAAAUGAAAAAUUCUUGGCUGAUUUUUUCCUCAAUAAACGUUAUAUUAGUAAAGAACAAGAAACAAGGUUACCUACCUAUGAAGAAAUCGUAAAUGAGGAAAGACAAGAUUUUAGUAAACUAGUGGGAAAAUAUAAACACAGAUUUGAAGAACCAGGUGGCAGAACGAUACCAUCAUAUCCUAGAAAAAUAGAAGAUAGUGUACGUAGAAAAGACACCAGACGGGCUGAUAAAAAUAGAGAUGUUAGAGAAAGAAAAAUCAAGCAUAAAGAAGAGAAAAGAAAAGAAAUAGAGAAAGUUAAGGCUAGUAAAAGAAAAGAAAUUUUAGCUAAAAUCAAGAAAAUUCAAGAAGUUACUGGUAAUGAUAAAGUUGGGUUUACAGAUGAAGAUUUAGAAGGGGAUUUUGAUCCUGAAAAACAUGAUCAAAUGAUGAAGGAAAGAUUUAAUGAUGAUUAUUAUAAUGAUGAAAAUGAUGAAGAGACUAAACCUGUUUUUCAAGAUGAUGAAGUUGAAGAUAUGAACUAUAAUGAGGAUUGGGGUGAAAAUGGUAAUAAUGAUAUUGGUGAUGAUGAUGAAUCCAAUUUUAAUAUGGAUGCAGAUUAUGAUCCAAGUCAAGAUUUAAGGAGUGGGAAAAAGAGAAAGAAGUCUAAAUUUACUGAAGCUGUGAAGAAAAAGAAGCCUGUGUUUGAUCCUGCUGAGAAGUCAUUUCCAGAAUAUUUUGAUGAAUAUUAUAAUUUAGAUUUUGAAGAUGUUAUAGGAGAUUUACCUUGUCGUUAUAAAUAUAGAAAAACACAAGCUAAUGAUUUUGGUUUAACAGUGG